GAGAGGAGGGGCGGGGACGGGACAACGCGCCUGGAAGGGGAGGAGGAAAAAAGAAACCAUAGAUUUUCACCUGGGCCUAGAAGGUCUCUGAAAGUAGUGGGGAGAGGAGGGUGGGCAGGGACCACCUUCAGAACUGGCCGCCGGCGGUAUCAUGGCGACCCGGAACCCCCCUCCCCAAGAGUAUGAAAGCGAUGACGAGUCUUACGAAGUGUUGGAUUUAACUGAGUAUGCAAGAAGACACCAUUGGUGGAAUCGAGUGUUUGGCCACAGUUCCGGACCUAUGGUUGAAAAAUACUCGGUAGCCACCCAGAUUGUAAUGGGUGGAGUGACUGGCUGGUGUGCGGGAUUUUUGUUCCAGAAAGUUGGAAAGCUUGCAGCAACUGCAGUAGGUGGUGGCUUUCUUCUUCUUCAGAUUGCCAGUCACAGUGGCUAUGUGCAGAUUGACUGGAAGAGAGUUGAAAAAGAUGUAAACAAAGCGAAAAGACAGAUUAAGAAGCGAGCAAAUAAGGCAGCACCUGAAAUCAACAAUAUAAUUGAAGAAGCAACAGAAUUUAUCAAACAGAACAUUGUGAUAUCCAGUGGAUUUGUGGGAGGCUUUUUGCUAGGCCUUGCAUCUUAAAGAUAUGAAUAUUCUGUCACAGUGGAGUCACCUCUAAGAAGAGAAAUGUGGCAACAAGGUGGCUUCUUGACAUUACUCACCACCAGAUUCUCCAGGGCAGCAAGAAACAACUAGGUGGGCAAUACCAAACUCACAGCUUAGUGUUUUGCCAUUGAAGUUUGGCAGACUAGCAUUUGCUGUAAAAACAACCUAUUCGGUAUAUGUACAAUAGUAUUCCUGAGCAAAAACAUGUCUUUCAUUUAUUUUUUUAAAAUUUGCAUUUGUUUUAAAAUCAGCCUAUAAAAUACCACCAUUGGAUGUAGAGGGAAAAAAAUAUAUAGAGGGAAAAAAUGUGUUGGAUAUAUUCCCCAGCGAAAUACUAUCCUUGUUUUAUUUAAAUAAGAUGUUCUUCAUCUUGCUUUAUAGUAUAGUGCCAGUAAUUAAAGAUUUGUAUUAUAGCUUCAA